AUGCGGUUAACUAUAAAAGUUUUUCUACUAGAAGCAAAAAUUAUAUUAAAUGGAUCCUUAGUUAUUGGUAUUGGUUUAGCAAAUUAUCCUUAUCUACGUUCUAGAAGGCCAGAAUAUGAUAGAGGAGUAGAAAAUAAGUUGAUGUGUCCCAUUGUACAAUUAGCAUCAAUUUGGACGUGCGACACUAAGGCCACUUGUUCGGCUAAGCUUAAAAGAACCACGCAUACUUCCUCUCCGUUUUAUUUUGGUCUAUUAGUAGAUGAAGUGGUGGAAUUGUUCUAUCUGGUUAAUACUGGGCGAUCUGAAGGCGAUCAAUUUGACGAUUGUUGCAAAUAUGAGAUUGCAAAUACAGAACUUGCCCCAACACAUCCAAUCAGGCUUGGACUUGCUCUCAACUUCUCAGUAUUCUACUACGAGAUACUGAAUUCUCCUGAUAGGGCUUGUAAUCUUGCUAAACAGGCUUUUGAUGAGGCAAUUGCGGAGUUGGACACCCUUGGAGAAGAGUCAUACAAGGAUAGCACUCUGAUUAUGCAGCUUCUACGUGACAACCUUACUUUGUGGACUUCAGACAUGCAGGAUGAUGGUUCUGAGGAGAUCAAGGAAGCACCAAAGCAAGAUUAAUAGUAAAAUUUUAUGAUUUACGAUUUGAGUGUUUUGCUAUGUGGUCUGUUUUUUUCAAAUUGAAAAUGCUACUUGUAGCCAGUAAUCUCUAUAAUCUACUUAUUUGCCUAUCUGAAAUUUUAGAAGUUUCUUAUUUCUAUCAUUUGUUAUUUACCUUA